AUGGCCGGCCAGAAUUCAGGCGAGAAGCUCGCCGGCAUCGAGGGCCAGGUGCCCCUGGACAGGCCCACCAAUCCCACCCAGAGGCCCAUCGAGCCCAUCCACGGGGAGGCCGUCGCCGCCGGUGAGGUUAGAUCUGGCCCCUGGUCGCUGCCGCCGGGGAGGUCGGAUGCGGCCCCUGCUCACUGCUCGAGUCGGAUGGACCGCCACGCCGCCAUGUCCCCCCGCCCCACCACGCGGCCGGGUCCGCGGGCGAGGCCCGCCGCUCCGCCGCUGCGCGUGCCCCACCACCGCGUCGUGAGCCUGCCCUGCUGCGCCGCCGUGUCCGUGCCGCACGCGCGCGCCCCGCAUCCGCGGGCGAGGCUAGCCGCGCCGCCGCCGGCGCACGCCGCACCGCCGCAUGCGAGGCCCCUGGUCGCUGCCGCCGGGGAGGUCGGAUGCGGCCCCUGCUCACUGCUCGAGUCGGAUGGACCGCCACGCCGCCAUGUCCCCCCGCCCCACCACGCGGCCAUGUCCGCGGGCGAGGCCCGCCGCUCCGCCGCCUGCGCGUGCCCCACCACCGCGUCGUGA